AUGAAUUUAGCAGAGAUUUGUGAUAAUGCCAAAAAAGGAAGAGAAUAUGCUCUCCUUGGGAAUUAUGACUCUUCUAUGGUAUAUUACCAGGGUGUCAUCCAGCAAAUCCAGAGACAUUGCCAGUCAAUCAGAGAUCCAGCAAUUAAGGGCAAAUGGCAACAGGUCAGACAAGAAUUAGUUGAAGAAUAUGAACAAGUUAAGAGCAUUGUCAACACUUUAGAGAGUUUUAAAAUGGACAGACCUCCAGAUAUCUCUGUAUCCUGUCAAGAUGAGCCUUUCAGAGAUCCAGCUGUUUGGCCUCCUCCUGUUCCAGCUGAACACAGGGCUCCACCUCAGAUAAAACGUCCCAACCGAGAUGGAAAAUCUUUGAAGAAAGACUCCCCAGGACUUCAGCCCCGCGGGCCUGUGGGCAGAGCACACCUGGUGUCCAAGGGGGAGAAAUCUUCAGGCAGCCGAGAAAGGGAAUCCAGAGCUAGAGGAAAAGAUGACAAGGGAAAGAAAAUACCCCAGGAAUUUUCUGAUGGGGAAAUUCCAAAAUUUGAUGGAGCAGGUUAUGACAAAGACCUCAUCGAAGCUCUUGAAAGAGACAUUGUGUCAAGGAAUCCAAGCAUUCAUUGGGAUGACAUAGCAGAUUUGGAAGAAGCCAAGAAAUUAUUAAGAGAAGCUGUUGUUCUUCCAAUGUGGAUGCCUGAUUUUUUCAAAGGGAUCAGGAGACCUUGGAAGGGUGUGCUGAUGGUUGGUCCUCCUGGCACUGGCAAAACAAUGCUAGCAAAAGCUGUUGCUACAGAAUGUGGGACAACGUUCUUCAAUGUGUCUUCCUCUACACUGACAUCUAAGUACAGAGGCGAGUCUGAGAAGCUGGUCCGCCUCUUGUUUGAAAUGGCACGGUUUUAUGCGCCAACGACAAUCUUCAUUGACGAGAUAGAUUCCAUCUGCAGCCGCAGAGGCACGUCUGACGAACAUGAGGCCAGUCGCAGAGUCAAGUCAGAGCUGCUUGUGCAAAUGGAUGGGGUAGGUGGUGCUCUGGAAAAUGAUGACCCUUCCAAGAUGGUUAUGGUAUUAUCUGCUACAAAUUUUCCCUGGGAUAUUGAUGAAGCUCUCCGACGGAGACUGGAGAAGAGGAUUUAUAUACCUUUGCCCACAGCAAAAGGCAGAGCAGAACUACUUAAGAUUAAUCUUCGGGAAGUAGAACUAGAUCCUGAUAUCAGCCUUGAAGAAAUUGCUGAGAAGAUUGAAGGCUAUUCUGGUGCUGACAUCACUAAUGUUUGCAGGGAUGCCUCUUUAAUGGCUAUGAGAAGACGUAUUAAUGGCUUAAGUCCAGAAGAGAUUCGUGCACUUUCUAAGGAAGAGCUUCAGAUGCCGGUUACCAAGGGGGACUUUGAGCUGGCUCUGAAGAAAAUCUCCAAAUCUGUUUCUGCUGCAGACCUGGAGAAGUAUGAAAAAUGGAUGGCGGAGUUUGGAUCUGCUUAA